GAUCAACGAAGCUUUGGAUGAGCGAGUGAUCGCCAUAUUGACAUCACACGUACGUUUUGUUGUAUUCCUGACUGCGGUGGUCUGUCAUCGCCGUGGCCGUGCGAUUGCUGCGCCUCAGCUUUCACCGCACUCGUAUUUAGUGCGCAAGUCGCCCUUGAUCAUGCCAUCUUCCCACGGACCGGCAUCUCAUUUGAUAGUUAAGCAGGGGGCGAUACACCGGGCUCAUGCACAGCCGGCUUUAGGGGAACAGUACGCAAGGUAUCAGUCCGUGCGCAGGGCCACGCUGACUUGACAAACCCAGACGACAGAGCCAAUCACAGCCCGUUCAUGUAUGUGUAUGUGCUUGAUGAGCGCCUCUUAAAUUCGCAACCGUACUGGAUCAAGGCCCUCAAUACGAAGAGUACAGUGCUUCUUCUUUUGCGAGCGGCGCGAUUCGAUCAGACAUGUCGUCUCGAGUUCUUACGUGGAACUCCGACAACUUGUCUGAUAAGUCAAAGUUGACCCGCACUGCACCAGUACAGGCUUCCGAUAGCCAGAACACUUCUGACACAGAGGAGACUCACGAGUCCUUUCCGGUUCACGGAUUGGGCGAGGAUGCGGGUUAUGAGUCUCAAUGUGCGUUUGCGGCAUAUGGUGACACAGGUGAUGGUGAUGACCAGAGUGAGGAUCUCUCGUUAAUUCUUACGCUUCCUGCGGGCGCCAUGAAGCGCAAGUCGCAGUCAAGCAAGGAUGUUACGCACGAACUUGCAGGCACUAUUCAAAAAGUUGCCAGUAACAUGCCCGAAGGCGAACGAGCUCCCAAAAGAUUGUUGCUCCGCCCGUAUGGUGAGAGCGAAACUGCGGUAGUGAAGGCAAAGAAGCUCAAGGACACGAUCCAUGCUUUGAACGAGAAAGAGUCAUCUACGCAGGUAGUCGUCGGUGACUGUGUCAGUGAUCUUGGGCAUUUGUGCGAGUACAUCGACGCAGACUCAGAUUUUGUCAAGCACACUCCCGCACGCAUUCUUCAUCGCGAGGAUACUGUUGACGUUCGCGUUAUGAGUAGCAAGAGACUGGGGGAUGUUGUCCAGAAAACAUACCUCGAGCAGACAAUGCGAUGGCCUUUUCGUUGCCACUCUAGCAUGCAAGAUCAAUUAUUGUACGAGGCGUCGAUCCUCAAGUCUCUUGCAACAACUCCUGGGGUCAUUCGUCUGCUGGGAUGGUGCUACCCCAAUUUCCAUAUUCAGGAGGAUCGGAGGCUCAAGAGUCUUGUCUACAAGUACAUUGAUGGGAAUCUCUCGCCAAAGCAGCCUGUCCAAAUCGCAUCAUACGCUAAGCAAUUAUUGUACGUAUUGGAUCAUUUACAUUACCAGGGCAUCGUUCACUGCAAUGUAAAGCGCGAGAACGUCUUGUACGACGGCAAGGAUUUGACUCUAAUCGACUUCGAGACGGCGGUCAACGAGCACGAGCUGAUCGAUAUGGGAAAUGUCGAUUAUGAGAACGAGGCGCAAGUCUACUACCGGUCCAACCCGUAUUUCAGUGCACCUGAAGUGCUAGAGCCUCAGCGUGGUAAGAACAAGCACGGAACCAACAUUUUGUAUGGACAUCGGCGCGAUGUUUGGGGUGGCGGCGUGAUUAUUGCCGAACUUCUAUUGGGCAUGGAUGAAGUCACGCACUUGUUUCCACGUGGCCGAAGAGAACUUCGCAUCCAGGCGCGCCGAGAGUUCUGCGAGAAAAUGUGUGGAGGCAGCGUGCUUAGUGCGUUUCAGGCGCUACAGUCAUAUGGAAACAUACCCUUAAUCAAAUUCUACAAGCAUGGGGCAGACCUCGUGAAGCACAUGACUUUGUGGUCCAGGUUUCGACGGUGUCGUGCCUGGGAAGCGCUGCAGCACAGCUUCUUCAGCGUCGACCCUGAGGACACGACGACCGAGCCAAGCUUCGAAACCAUGCGAAAGAGCGACAACAUCUUCCAGGGCAUCGGUGAGGACGAACCUAUUCUUGUCCACCGUGAAGAUGAAUAUCUUUAUCACCGCCGCAGUCCCUCGCCCGAUUUCUCAUGGGAUGCAAUGGCCGGCGAAGGUGUGGCGGCCUUGGCGCGCCGGCAGGGCAUGGGCAGAGAGAUGACCCCAUGGGAUAUCUAUUGGUAUCAGAAGGAAGGUUCCGAUUACCUCUUCAGCCCUAUGAGGUUCUAUGGGUGAGCACGGCUUCUGCAAGGCUGGUGGCAUUUGAAGCCCCCAGUCGGCACAACCUCUGCCGCAAACCAGAGAAGUAAAUCCCCUCAUCAUCCUGCGGAGCCUCCUUUCCCUCCUCGUCCCCUUCAUCUCUUCCUUCCGCAAGGAGCCCUGAAUCAGGGCUGAGACGUUCUGAUCGUAUCAAGUCUCUCCUUAGGUCUUCCUCAGUCGUUUCGCCGUGCAGGCAGGCCUCGACAUCCAGUGGCAAAAGAUGUGGUAACAUGCCCUUCAGGCCGUAGCCCUCACGCGCCUAGGUUUAAUUUCUGGAUCUGGACGGGCAAAUAGUUCAACAGAUCCCGCAAGUCCCUAUCCAGCGACUGGUCCCAGGAAUGGCCGGGCCAGACUCGUUGUAUACAUAUGUAGGUGGACAACUGUCUUUUCCUCCUCCGCGUCCUUCUCCAGUGGGUUGGUGAAAAGAGAGAAGGAGUUAUUUUGUUUUACAUCUGUACCGUUUCUGUCCAAUCUCCCCUGCGUUGCUCCGCAUAGACGGCGGCGUAUGCUCAGAAGGAAGCACGAUGCCCACGAUGCGAGGAUGCUCCUCCCCUGCUUCUCGCCUUGUUGGGUCAGUGUUUUCCCCAACCUUGAGGAGGGGCUCCCGCUUAUUGUUCUCCUGGGGGGGGGGUCUGGGGGGGACCCCCCCUGAACCUAGCCCUGGCCACGGGCGCAAAGCUGGCAGAACCCGGC